AUGCGGCCCGACUACCACGUGCAGAUGUUGGAAUGGGCCAAUCAGUACGGCGGCGUGUACAAGUUCAGUUUGGGUUUCCAGUGGGUGGUGGUGGUCAGUGACCCGCGGAUAGCUGUGCAGGUCCUUGGACGGGGCCCGGAUUCGAUUCCGCGCAAGUGCGUAGGAUACAAGUUUUUUGAUUUGGCAACGAACGCCGCCGGCGCCCACAGCUUCUUCACCACCAGCGAUGAGACUCAGUGGGCGGCUGUACGGAAGGCUGCCGCCGCCGCAUUCAGCUCGGCCAACGUCAGGAAGGCCUUCCCCAUCGCGCUACGCCAUUCUCGCUUGGUGGCCGCUGCCCUGGACCCUGCCGUACAACCGGACCCCGCCAACCCCACGAACAUCACCACGUUGCGACGCGGUUUCCUCUGGAGUCGUUGGUGGCCAGCUGGCGCCGCGAACGGAAAGCCGCCGUCCGCCGACGCCGCCGACGCCGUCGCCUGCGUAGUUAAGGCUGCUGGCGGUACGAAUGGCAUGGCGGCAGCCGUUACGCCGUCGCCAAAGUUGACGGAGCACUUAGAGCUCAGCAUGUUGCACGUGUUCAUGGAGGCCUUGUUUGGCAUCAGGCCGGAGGACUUCCCGGGUCGCCAGGUCGCUGCCGAUAUGAACCUCGUGUUGGAGGAGGCCAACGAGCGACUGAAGGUACCGCUGAGGAAGGUGGCUAUGGCGCUGGUGCGACCCACGGCCCAGGCGCGUAUCCGUGCCGCACAGCUCAGGUUAGCCAAAGUGUACGGCGACAUGUACGAAAUCAUUCGCAGCCGCUGCUCGCCGUCGACGCGGCUGCCGCCGGAGGGCGUUACGGAUCUGUGGGCCUGUCUCGGCCGUGUACGGCACCCAGUCACUGGCGCGCCGCUGGGCCGCGAUGCGUUGGUGCCGGAGAUCGGCGCUUUGAUGAUGGCGGGUUUUGACACGUCCUCACAUUCAGUUGCCUGGGUGCUGUUCGCGCUGGCGGCCCACCCCGGGGCGCAGCUGCGGUGCCGGCAGGAGCUGGCGGCUCGAGGGCUGGUGGCUGAGGGCGCUGGCUCCCAAGCUCGGGACCCUACCCUGGACGAUCUGACUCAGCUGCCGUACCUCAACGCCGUCAUCGACGAGACGAUGCGGAUGUUCCCCGUGGCGGCCACCGCCUCCGUCAGCUCCUUGGCGAAAGCAUCGCCAUCGCGCCGCUCAGCACAACCCAUCACUACUUUCUUUCUUUAUGCCCAGUCCUUCCCACCACCACCACCACCACCACCACCACAACCACGACAAGGAAAAUCACCUAACAAUCCCCCGCCUACAAAUCGUCCUGGCAGACCCUACAGAUAG